AUGGAUGUCUACUACUUUUACUCUUAUGGCACUGCCGCAUGGCUGGCAACCCAAGCCGCGCCUCUCAUUGCGUCCCCAACAAUGAUAGUAGCACUGUUGUCACCCGAGGUCCGCGAAGCCUCCACUCUCGAGGUCUACUUCUCCCGCUCGCUGGGGUUUUCGCUCAUCGCACUGGGCAUCAUGACGGUUCUACUCACGGGCUCUGUUCCACUCUCUAGUAGACUUUCCGAGGGAGCGACGACCAACGCCGAAGACCCCAAAGCCCCCUACGCGCUCCCCACCCUUACCAUAACCGCAAUCUUCCAUUCAGUCGUCGCCUUCUACGGCUACGCCAUGUGGACCAAGGUUGGUGUCAUGUCUUUCGGUCUGGCAACGCUCGGCUCGGGCUUCCUGGCUAUGAUUGCGCUUUGGUGCAUUUUGUUCGCUAGCAGCAAUGGCCGCAUUAGCAGGAAGACAGGUGCUGACAAGAGGACAUCUGGAUUCCCGUUCAAGAACCAAGAGGCUGAGAAGAGGAAGGCUAGGUAA